GAAAAGUUAACUCUCGAAAAAGUUAAUCUCGCGGAAAAGUUAACAGCAUUUCGGCGUCCACGUAGCGCUCUAAAAAGUUAACUUCGAAGUUAACUUUUCCGAGCGUAUGAAUUUUUUUUUUUGAAAUCAACCGUUUCUUUGCCGACACAAGCCAGUGCGAGCUCUAGUUUUGAUUAUGGGUAUUCCCCGAAUAUUCUAUUUUCUUUCUGUUUUGUUUUGUGCUCCAAACAUAUGUUUUCAUUCUUGUCGCAAAUUACCUUGAUUGAAUUGUUCGGUAGCGUUUGAGUUGAUUAGUUGUGAAUUUUUUAUUAAAAAAAUGUCAAAAAUACAGAAAAAACGGCAAAUCAGAUUAAAUUUGCAACAAAAAGUAGAUAUAUUAAGAAAACUUGAUGACGGUAUUGCGGGAAAUCGAAUAGCGCUGCAUUAUGGUGUGUCUAAAGUAGCCAUCAGUAAAAUAAACAAAAAACGCCAAGAAAUUUUAAAAACAGUGGCGGCCACUUAUGAAAGUGCAGAGAAGAAAACACUCCAUAAGUCGGAAUAUCCUGAUCUGGAGGUAAACUUGUACAAUUGGUUCCUGAAUCAACGGCAGCGUAAUUGUGCAGUGACAAGUGAUGGAUGGCUGACAAAUUUUAAAAAACGGCACGGUAUUCGCCUUCUCAAAAUUUGUGGGGAAAUUCUUUCGAGCGAUACACCGAAAAUAACUCCGUUUGUACAUAGUCUACGAGCAAAAAUCAAUGAAAUGGAUGAUCUUCCGUUGUCCAAAUUUAUUAAAGCAAACGAUGUUUACGACGAUACAGUUCGAGAAGUUCAAUCGUUAAUGUUGAAAGUGGGAAAUAAUCUUAACAUCAGCAUUGACGAUAUAGAAAAUUGGAACAAGGAUGAAAUUACGGAAGAUAUGGAACAUUUCGAAGUGUGUGAUAGUGACAAUGAUGAUUCAAUUACCGAGGAAGAUAUUCAACAACCGAAAGUGAGUUUCUCGAAAGCAGUUAAAAGCAUCAAUACCUUGAUAAAAUGGUCCAAAGACAACAACGAUGCAAAUCAGGUGGCAGACCUUAUCAGUAUGCGCACAAAAAUGGUCAAGAAUUAUUACACCAAAGAAAAAAAACAAACAGCUCUCGACUGCUUUUUUAAACCAACUGGUACAAAUUAACAAUUUUCCUUUUGUAAUGGCUAAAACAUAAACAAAAAAAAAAAAGGAGCUAUUUCUAAGCAAAUCUAUGCUUAUUAUUGUAGUUUUUUCUUUUUUUUAUGAAUUUUGAAAACCGCUUGGAAAAGUUAACAAUCUCGAAAAAGUUAACAACCCCAAAACGGAGCGGUUAACUUUUCC